GGAGACAAUUAUUAACUUGGUGUUGAAACGACUGUGUUCACACAGAGUCGUGUCAUAUUGCUUUCUGUGAUAUCAUUAAUCAGGCGAUUGUUUUCACUUCAUCACUGCCACAAUGGAUCACUAGAUAUUUUCCCCAAAAUACUAAAUGGCAUAGCUGGGAUUUAGACACCGACAUCACGGAGAGGAGCUACCGAGGGGGUGAGGUAGCAUGGUAUUCGACAGGAAGGGCGAUCAUAUCUGCUUUUGUUGUGCCUAAACGGAGUCCACGGAAUCGGUGAUCAGCGUCCGACAUGGGGAAGGAGGUAAAUGGCGUUUCACGGAGCCGGUUUGAGAUGUUCACAAACAGCGAUGAGGCUGUAAUUAAUAAGAAGUUACCCAAGGAGCUGUUGCUAAGAAUCUUCUCCUUCCUGGACGUGGUGACCCUCUGUCGCUGUGCUCAAGUGUCCCGGUCCUGGAAUGUCCUGGCUUUGGAUGGCAGCAACUGGCAACGAAUCGACCUCUUUGACUUUCAGAGGGACAUUGAGGGCCGAGUGGUGGAGAACAUCUCAAAGCGAUGUGGAGGGUUUCUAAGAAAGCUGAGUCUCCGUGGGUGUCUCGGCGUAGGGGACAGCGCGCUGAGGACGUUCUCCCAAAAUUGUAGGAACAUCGAACUGCUUAGUUUAAACGGCUGCACCAAGAUCACAGACAGCACGUGUAACAGUCUCAGCAAGUUCUGUCCGAAGCUGAAGCACCUGGACCUCGCGUCUUGUACCUCAAUCACCAACCUGUCGCUUAAAGCUCUCAGUGAGGGCUGUCCCCUGCUCGAGCAGCUCAACAUCUCCUGGUGUGAUCAGGUCACAAAAGAUGGCAUCCAGGCUCUGGUCCGUUCCUGUCCUGGACUCAAAGGCCUGUUCCUCAAAGGCUGCACACAGUUGGAGGACGAGGCACUGAAGCACAUCGGUGCACACUGUCCUGAACUGAUCACGCUCAACCUUCAGACGUGUCCACAGAUCACUGACGAAGGUCUCAUCACGAUCUGCCGGGGUUGUCACCGUCUGCAGUCGUUGUGCGUGUCGGGCUGUGCCAACAUCACAGACGCCAUCCUGCACGCGCUGGGACAGAACUGCCCUCGCCUCAGAAUACUAGAAGUGGCUCGCUGCUCUCAACUUACAGACGUGGGCUUCACCACAUUAGCGAGGAAUUGUCACGAGUUGGAGAAGAUGGACCUAGAAGAAUGUGUUCAGAUUACAGACGGAACACUCAUCCAGCUAUCUAUCUACUGCCCUCGGUUACAAGUCCUGAGUCUCUCCCACUGCGAGCUGAUCACAGACGACGGCAUCAGACACCUGGGCAGCGGGCCCUGCGCUCACGACCGGCUGGAGGUGAUCGAGCUGGACAACUGCCCCCUGAUCACAGACGCCUCGCUGGAGCAUCUGAAGAGCUGCCACAGCCUGGACCGCAUCGAGCUCUACGACUGCCAGCAGAUCACCCGCGCCGGCAUCAAGAGACUCCGGACCCAUCUGCCUAACAUCAAAGUGCACGCAUACUUCGCCCCAGUCACUCCGCCCCCCUCGGUCGGGGGCAGCCGUCAGAGGUUUUGCCGCUGCUGUGUGCUUCUAUGAUGUAACGACAGCAACCCCCUCCCAACCCGACCACCGUACCUGAUCCCUGCAGCCCACCACUUGACCGCCGACCUGCUGUCCUCAUCCCAGCUCCCUCCGCUGACAAUGCUGGUGUGACCCCGCCCACCCCCGCUUUGGAGCUUCAGAGAGAGGAAGAGAGGGUAAAACCUUAGUCCAAAACAUUCCAAAAAAUGUCCCCCCACGACACGCAAACAUCUGCAUGUGUACAGAAACGCCUCAUUCCUCAGUAUUAAGAAGAACGUUGUAAAAAUGACGACUGUUUGGAGACUAAAAAUAAUGUUCUGGUGGUUCAGCUGACUCCUUUUAAAGCACUUUAAAAAAACACAGAUGGCGUCAUAAACCCACAGACACACAUUUCAUAUUGUUGUUGGCGGUGUUUACUAGCCGGAGGUGGAACUAUUGAGCAGUGUUGAUUCAUUUUAAAAGCUCCAAGUAAAUAUUUGUCCAAAAUACGAAGAUUAAAUGCAGCAAAAAAGGGGUAUAACAUUGUGAAAGGUCAAAAAGUCCUUUCCCCUCUCUCUGGCCAAUCAGAAGCUUCAAAACUACUGACUCAAAUAUUUUCUUAUUCUCAAGUGGGAGGGGCUUAAAAAAGAUGCCAAAUGUUGCAUGCAACUCUUCCUAGUUUAAAAAAAAAAGAAACUUAAAAUGUACAUAAGUGAGGACAGCAGCGUGGGAGGGAUGUGUGCGGAGGUCAGGUCUCUCCAACGGAACGACGGCGAAUGUGAGCUGGAGUUUUGGACGGGGGAAACAUUUAAAAAAAAAAAAAAAGAAGACACUACUAUUGGAAUGACUUUGACUGAGGAAUUCAUGGAAACCGGUUCGUCAAACAAUGGAAAGAAAAAGCCAACAUGAAAAACAAUCAAAACUUUUUUUUUCAUUAGUUUCCUCUUCAGAGAUGAUUCCGCUCUGCUGGCGGCUCUCCCAGUGUCGGACCCGAUGAAGCUGCAACUCCCAUACGGCCUUGCAGGGAAUGGAGUGACGAUGCCCGUUGCACCCUGCCACCUUGUGACCUCCGUUUUUUUGUUUUUGUUUUUUUUUUUUUUUGUCUGGGACCAGUGAUGCUGCUGCAGGUUGGAGGUCAGAACAGACAGCUAGUCACUUUUCACAAGUUAAGGCAAGAAUGAUGUCACAACGGAGGGCGAUACUGAUACUUUUUUUUUCCCCUCCUGCACAAGCGCCCUCGUCUUUUUUUCGUCUGCCACCUGCCCCUGAAACUGGUUUGUCUCCGUUUCUGAUGGAUCUCAGUCGUUUUUUUUUUUCUUUCUGUUUUGGUGUGGUGUGGAUUGCGCCUGCUAAUGUGUUUUGAAGUUCGGUGUCUCCACGUUGAAACUCAGCCCUCUGUUCAGUCCAAAUCUGAGACGUGUUUUUAUUCAGAGUUUAAUGUUACCGAGUGUCCGAGAGGACGUUUUAGCACCAGUGCAAUUGUAAUAAAGGUGAGCAGCAGUCUAAAUUGUUAUGUAUGAAUGAAGUACGUUUUACUUAUUGAAUGUUACCAUCAAGGUGAAGAUGGGUCUUUAAGCAUUGUGUGCCACUUUAGCAAUUUUAUUUUCUUCAAAUCCCCAAGUGUGCUUUCUGCCCCUCCUUAAAUUCAUAUGCCUUUCCAGAAACACCCAGUUGAUGCCCGGAUUCAUCCAUAUUGCUCAUAAGUCAAUGUGGGCUCAUGAUGUACUUCCACAAUCCUAAAACGGCUUUUAUGUUUUGGCAGUCUUCAGUGAAUGAGCGAUAAGUGUUCAACUGAAUAGCUGUGUGCGGUAUUUGAACAAUUUAAAAAACUAUUUGUGCAUCACUACAUAAGGGUCCCUUUUUAAAAAAAAAUAGUUUGGUUAUCGGAUAUAUAUUUUUUAAAAUUACUUUCUAUUGGCUUUUUUUAAACUGAUAUAAAACUUAUUUUAGCCAUCUGAAAUGCUUAUUGGCAGCAGCAUUACUUAUUUUCAGCCUGUGCAACUGCUUCUUUAUUUUCAGCAAGUUUUUAAAACACAACAACAAACACAUCAGUGGUGUCAGAGUGAUAGUGUUUAGUUUACUGGCUCACUGUUUCACACUCUAUCCAGUCAUUUUUGCGUUUUCAUUGCUUUUCAUUGUUGCUCACGUAGAAUGAAGAUUUGUGUUAAACACACACACCAGUACACCUUUUAUUUUCCACAUAUAAUUUCAAGUCCAUAUCUAUAUAAAACUAGCUUGUUUUCUCAUUUACAUUCAGAGUUUAUGAAUAAAUCCACUAAGACUCAUUUUCCAACUUGUAAAACAUUUUUGACUUCUGAGUUUUUUUUUAUUGAAACAGUGCAGCUGAAGUAUUUUCUUAAUGUUUUAAGGGAAUUAAAUAUUUAGAAUUGAAAUCAUCCCUAAAAAUUAUUAAGCCUUCAUUUUCCCAAAACGGAAACCUUUAUUUCCCCCCUGCUGCAAUGUUUAUUCAUGCUUUAUAAACUAUAUGUCGACUGCUAAAAUAUGUCAACCGCUAACCGUAUGUAUUUUUUUAAAAAGGGACUCUUAUUGCUGGUGUAAACAUUUUGUUGCCACGCCAAAUCUCCCCCGGUUCCUUGAACCACACCAUCACCAGCUGACCUGCAGGUCUAUCUCUUGUGUUUUCUCAGUCCCCAUCACUGGAUAACUGAUGACGAUUAGGACAGUGGGCAUCAUGGAUUGUCACAAGACAACUUUUCAAAAACAGAUCUGACAAUGACUUUAGUUUCUAUGACUGUAAAUCUUUUCCUCCUUUCUUUUUUGUACAAUUAACUGAUAUAAAUGAAAAUGUACGUAUGAA